GUAAAACAGCAGUCCGCUUCUCACAAGCACACUCAAAGGCACCUCCAACCGCAACCAUGUCGUUCAAGAGCCCUUCCAGGAGUUUCUCCAGCUCAAGUCUGUCUGGCAGCAUGGGGUCGAGGGCCAGUCUGUUCGGGGCCAUUUCCCCGUCUGCCAUAGGGAACCUGGCGAACACACUGCGUCCGAUGGUGCAGAUCAACAGCAGCGCUUUUGCAGCAGCUGACGACAAAGAGACCAUGAAGGGCCUGAAUGACCGUCUGGCGGGGUAUCUGUCAAAGGUUCGACUCCUGGAGGACUCCAACAAUCAGCUGGAGGCGCAAAUCAAAGAGGCCCUGAUGAGAAAAGGAGCCGAGAGCGGCAGAGACUGGAGCGCCUAUGAGAAGAUCGUCGCGGAUCUGAGAAACCAGAUCCAGGAAAUGACUAUGGACAAUGCCAGACUUUUUCUGCAGAUAGACAAUGCGAGGCUGGCUGCCGACGAUUUCAAAAUCAAGUUUGAGUCGGAGCAGGCCAUGAGGCAAGGGGUGGAGCAGGAUCUGGCGCGUCUCCGUAAGAUGCUGGACGACACUUACAUGGGCCGCAUGCAGCUGGAGAGCCAGAUCGAGUCUAUGAGAGAAGAGCUGGCGUUCCUCAAGAAGAGCCACGACGAGGUACACGCCUUAAACACACCGUUCAGCACAGAUCAAACAGCAGCACCUCCAACCCAGGAGCGCUCGUUCUGGUGGUUCGUUUAUUGUGUGUUUGUGUGAGACUCGCUGUUGGAC